UCUCCCCACUUUCUGUUCAACCCUCUACUUGAGCGCUGAACAGAGACUGGACAAACAAAACUGGUGAGUGAGGAGAGUGUACAAAGGAAUGUGACAGACUUUUUAAAGUGCCCAUUUGGACUUCAGCAUAUUUUGUUUUUCUGACUGGACACCAGCAAUGUCUGAAAGCAUCGUGAGGAAGGUCCAGCCCUUCACCAUUGGGACGAAGCUGUCAGUCCCGGCUGUGCCAAAAUGCCAGGAGUUCACACAGACUUAUCUGCAGAGCCAGAGUCUGGAUAACUGCACUCUACAGCGCAACCUGAACUCACUCUACCUCAGUCGGUCCCAGGUCUGUGCACAUGGCCCUUGUCUCGUCUCACCCAUCGUCAAGCAGGUAGCUCUGGUGAAACACAAGCAGGAGGACAUGUCAGCCGAAGACCACCUGAACCAGAACAAUGCAUCUCCUUCUGCUGUGUCCAGAUCCAUCAAGAAGAUCACAAUCUCUGGGAGUAAAGACAGAUCAGAGACCAAGGUGUCAGGGGGACCAGCACAGCUUCUAGUCACAGGGUCCAAAUCUGAAAACAACAAUAACAACAACAAUGUCACCGGCACAUCAGAUUCACAUCUGCCCAGGAUUGUAGGUGUGAGCUGUGAGAAUAAACCCAGCUCUCACUUCAAGGUUUUACUCAGAAAAGACAGCAGUGAUGAGUUUCAGCCCACGCAGCGACAAACCAGUGCGAAACUGAACGGAGACAGAUCCGUCCAACAGAUUUUAAUGCCUGAAUCGCAGAAGAAUGAAAGUCUUCUACACACACAGAAGGAAGUGUCUGCAGCUGUUAUGUCCCAGAGCGACUGCUUCACUCAGCGCAACUCGCUUUUCAACAGGGAAGUCCUGCAGGCAGAAGCAUGGAUCAAAGGCAAGCUACAGGACUUGAAGGAUGGAUGUAAUAUUCAGCGCUGCCCCCUGCAGGAUUGGGAGGAAGCCUCGCAGACACUUCAGAGGGACCUCAAAGACUUUGAGAACACCCUGAUUCAACUCAACCAGAUGGGUGAGCAGUUGAUCUGCAAGCUGAACCCCACCUCUGAUCUCGUGAAGAAGCAGCUCAGCCAGCUCAGGGACCAAUGGCACACCCUGAAACAGACAGCUGCAAAUCAGAUGAGAGCCCUGGGCGGAGUCAAGAACCUGCAGGAGUUCAACAAGAAGGUGGACAAGUUGGAGGCAUGGAUUAAGGAGAAGCAGGAAGAGGAGCAGUCUCUGGUGAAUGUCCUGGAAGAAAAUGUUGACAAAAUGCAGCUGACCAGGAGAAUUUUAGAUCUGAAACAGGAUGAGCAACUCUACAGAAACCUCCAUGAGGACAUCAAUCACUUGGCCCUGAAACUAGAGAAACAAGGGAAGACAGAUGGCAAAAGCAUCUCCAGCAGAAGGAAACACAUCAAUAAAAUGUGGCUGAGGGUCCAGUCUCAUCUGAAGAACUACUAUGAAAAUCUUCAGCUUGCACUGGAGGUGUCCUCAUUCUACCAACAUGCGGAUAAUACGUUGUUUGCUAUUAAUAACAUGAGGAAGAACAUAUGUGUGUCCAAAGAACUGGACAGCUUUGGAGAUAGAGAAAUACGUGACAUCGCCAGCCAAAUCAUGAUGCUAGAUGUGAGUGUGUCCCAGCUGUCUAAUCUCCAUCCUGCCCUGGCUGCCGGUGUCACACAGAAGCAGAGCGAGGUGAAAGACUGCUGGGCGCUUCUUCAGAAAGUUUUCAGGAGUGACAGGACCACACUCUCUCUCACUGGCUCCACUUUCACCAGGGAAGAUGCUGACCCUCUGACACCAGCCCGAGAACCCCAGUGCAACGUGGGAACAGAGACACAAAGGAUCAUGGGAAAGGAGGUGAAGGAGGAGCAGAAUCGUCUGAAAGGCUGCGUGAGUACUGUUGAAUGUGGGAUUGGUAGGAGAUCACCAGGCAACCAAAGCCAGGAGCAGCAGUCAGUGAACCACACCUCUUCACCCCUGGCUGACAGCCCUGCCUGUGCAAAUGAUGUCAUCGUCAGACAUCAAUUGAGAGGAGAAAGCAGGAAGCCCAGAGCAGAGCCCAAGAUGGCCACCGCCCCACAAGGCCACCCACAGCUUCACGUACAGCUUCAAAAGUUCACUGUGUCUGCUGACAAGACUUUGUCCUGGCUGAAGGACAAUGUGUCCAUGGCCACACAGGUGUGUUCAAUAGCCAGCUUCGAGGGGCUGGAGGCAGCCAGGAGGUGUCAACACGCUCUGGAAGAUGAAAUCCUCAACAACAGGGCCAGGAUAGAGGUGGUCAAAAGAGAGGGCCGUGGACUGGUCCGUGCACGGCACCCAGGCAGCGCCAAGAUCGAGGAGUUCCUCAGCCAGCUGGAGGUCCUGUGGGAAGAGCUGCGGAGGAGGCACCAGAGGAACGCUGUGUUUCUCCAGGCUUCAGAGGAGCUGGGUUUUAGGGUUGUAAAAGUGCUCCAGGCCCUGGGCGGCCUGGAGGCCUGGCUGGAGUCUGUGGAGCUUUCCAUGAAGGAAUCUACUCUUUCUGGUGACCCUGAGACAAUGAGCAUGGCUGAGAGGGAGAGCUGUCUGCUGGAGAAAGAGGUGACAGCACGUAGGAUGGAGCUCAGAGCUCUGAGGCAGGAGGUGGACCGCCUCCAUGGCCACAGUCAUCCUCACAUACAAGGCCUGCUGGUGCGCAUGGAAGCAGUGGAAAGAAAGUACCAUUGUGUCCAAAGUGCCCUGACCCAGCAGAACUCAGAGUUGCAGGACACGCGAAUGCUGACUGAGUUCCUAGAGCGCGUGGAGCUGGAGGAGAGCCAGGAGCUCAGCGUCAGUCAGUACAAUCUGGGCCAGCCUCUUCACAGAGAGAUUUCCUCAGCUCCUGCGUUGCUGGGACUCCAAAACAGUGAUGGCGGUGAGCCCCUGAUAGAAAGCAUGGGUGACCCUGUGGAGGAACUGCGAGAGGCUGUUGAGAUGCUGAAUGACACUGCUCGGGAAAGAGGCCGAUCGCAGGGCCACGACCAGGCCAUCCAGGACCUGCUGAGCAAGCAUGCUAGCCUGGCGGUGCGCGUGGAGCAGUGCUUGUGCCACAGCAAGGAGCUGUGCCUGGAUGUCCUGGAGAAGGAGACAGACAUGGCCGUCCAGUGUGAGCCAGACCGCUGUGGCUUAGAGGCUCUGCAGGAGAAGCAGGACCACCUGGAGAUUGACUAUGAAGUCAUCAGGGAGGAGGUAAAGGAGAUGGAAAGCCAGGCUUCUCAGUUGGAGGAGCUGUGCCCAGAGAGAUUGCACAUACUCAGGGGAAAGAUCCAGACCAUGCUGGAGGGCUGGACAGAGCUGGGGAAGAGUGUCAUGGAGAACAAGUCACGUCUGCGAGAGUUUGCGCAGCUCCGGGACUUCUUCAGGAGCUACCUCGCAAUGAUCUCAUGGACAGAAGACACCAGGUCAUGCAUUUUCUCAGAUACUGCUUUGCAUCUUGGGAAAGACGGCCAGAGGCCACUUGCUGCAGAGCUAGACAUGCAGAUUGAGCAAAAGUUUGAGGAGUUUGAUGAACUUCUGACUACGGGGAGGAGCCUUUUGGACAAAGAACACCAUCUCACACAGAUGGUAAGAGAGCGCAUGGAGGAGCUAAGGAGUAUGCUUGGAUGGAUCUUGGUGCACUGGAGGGCUCAGAAACAGCAGUGGCUUCAUAAGAAGAGCACACAGGAGCCUUCACAGGAUAACAUUUACUCUGAGGCUACAAUGUGCUCUCCGUUAACAGAGAGUUCAGCUCCUGAGCCAGAGGCCCACCAUUCCAAUCAGUCGCCAGUCAUAACCUUGGAUGAAACACGAGACAUCCAACCCUCCUCCCUCCCCCCCAGACAAGCUGAGCAGCAGGAGGAGAAGCCGUUAGAGGACGGGUAUGAGGUCAUGAACAGCAUUGGACCACUGGGCGGCGAGGUCACCUCUUCAGAGUCUCCCAAACCCUCUAUAGUGGUCCUCAGAGAGCACAGCAGUCCUGCUUUAGGGGGCACAGUAAACCUGAUCCUUAGCUUUGGUAACACAGGGGACAGCCAAGUUCAGGUACUUGACCCACCUGCUAGGACAGAUGAGACAGUGGACGAGACCUCUGAGCCUGUCCACAGGCCCACUAUGCCUCAAUCUUCUGCCUGUAAAAACUUUUGGAGGCGCUGCCAGGGGCUUUUGGAAAAUACUUUGGGUAGUUUAAAGCGAAAGAGAAAGAUUUAUCGGCAGAGUGCAAACGAGGUAAGUACCUACUUGCAUGUCAAGGAUAACAACUUGGCUGUGGCUCCUGUGUAUGAGAGUAUCACCCUGCCCCGCCAAAAGAUCCGCUCUGCAGCCUCUGCUUCCCCUACUAUCUUGCCAUCUUCCUCCACCUCGCCAUCUUCCUCGGUGCCUGCGCCUCAGAUGGCUAAUGUAACCUUCCACCCUUUGAUGGGCAGCAGCAGCAGCUCCAUCUUCAGCAGCCUUAAGAGAAUGGGCAAGAAGAGAAAGAGGAAAAGAGAUGCUCGAAGACACACUAUCCAGAAAAUCAUGGGAGUGGAAGAGCAGACAGGAGAGAUGCCACGCUACACCUACGAGACAAUGAUGUAUGACACACAUACAUGGCCACUGAAGGAGGGUAGGAGGAAGAAGAGUACACCAAAAAGUGGAGAUGGAGUAGAGGCGAUGGCCUAUAUGAAGAAUCCCCUGCUGAAGGACAUUGAUACAGAAUGUUCAGGAGAGUACAGCAUUACUCCAUAUGCUGUAUCAGAGGGCCCAACCACUUUGCCCCCCACAAAUCACGUGAGAAGCCACUGCAGAUUCCUCUCUUUGGGCUCUGUAUUGAGCUUCGACCUUCCGAAGGACAUGACCCUCAUCCCCAGCAUUCAGGACAUCAUUACAAUUGCCCCUCCAGAGUCCAAAACAGGAACAGGGACUGAUGCGGACCCCCUCUCCCAGAGACACACAGCCCUGAGCUCUUUCAAACAGACUCGUCCCACUCCGGCCAUCACACACAUUUCAGCAGAUAUCGGCUUUUCUGAAACGCAGACUUCGACAGUUGUAGUGAAAGACCUGCCUGAUGUGAACACAAGCUUCCAUCCACCACACCCUCUGUCCCUGGAAGAGGAUGAGGAUCAGACCGUACCAUGUAAUGACCUGCCUAAAACCCAGUUCAGUUUGCACGAGGAUGCAGAGCAGGAGUGGCACAAAAUGUCAUCAGAGGUCCAGACCAGUACAGCUGAAAGGACAAGCAAGGCUUUGCAGCUCCCUGUUUAUGUGAACCAAGCCCAAAGUACAACUGAGCAUAAGCACAAGUGCCCAAGUGUCCAUACGCUCAUUCGAGACCUAAAUGGACACCAGUACCAUAGAUGUGCACGACCACAGAGUGUGCACGAAGAGAGUCUUGAGUGUCUGAGCCAAGCCUCUCAUGUGGUGGUGAAUCUGAAGUCAACUGUGAGUGUGAGCGUUCGUCAGGACUCAGUGGACUCUGGAAUCUCCACCUCCAGCAGUAUCAAGCUUUGCACUGACGUUCCAUGUCCAGAUAAUGCACCACCCAAGGGAGUGGUGGGGAAGCUCAUGUCCUUUGAGGUGGGAGGUAUAGACUGCACUAAAACCAGGGAGAACACUGUAACAUCAUCUGGUCCAUCAAUAGACCUGGGAGAGCUGGAAACAGACCCUGUUCACCUCGACCACCAGCAGUUUGAGGAGGAAGAAGAAGAACUGGAGGACAUCUGGAACCAGAAUACUAACAACAGACAGAGCAUCUGCUCAGACAUCAUGUACCAGCCCAACCAGGAAGAGUCUGAACCAUCAGACCAAUCCGGACAGCCCUGUUCCCGCUCACCUUCACCUAAGACCCCAGCUGUGCUCUACAGGAACCUGGCCACAGCCUCAGCACCCAACCUCCUUGUGGCCGAGUUCAGACUACCCCCCUACAUUCAGAGCAUGCUGGGUUACGACAAAGAGCAGAGUCCCAAAGAUCACCACCCUGCACUGGCCAUAGGAGACAGGAGGUCGUGGGCAGCCUUCACUAACAGGGAAUCAGCCAGCAAGACCUCAGUGACUGUGAAUGAGACAGCGUCUGAUCCAGUGCAGCUGCCAGAUGUAGGGGACAAUCAGAGAUAUAUUUAUCAGUACAGAGAGGAUGAGGAGGAGGAUGAGGAGGCAAAGGUGGGGGAGGAGGUGGAUGAGCACACAGGUUGUUCAAAGGACCAGUCAAUGAGUCUGCUGUCAGUACACAUGGGUUUGGAUGGCAUCUGUCAGCAAAGAAAAGCAUCGCAAAGCCUGGACAACAUGGAGAAGCAAGAGGGCUCAGUGGCCACAGGAGGACGCUGUAUUACCCUGAGCGGAAAGCCUGAACUGCAGUCUAUGGAGGGAACACUUGAGAGGAAGCACAAACUGCAGCUGGGAGGAAAGAAAGCAGCCUCCAGAGGCUGGAGCUCCUACCAUGCCAUCCUAUACAGACACACCUUGUGCUUUUACCAGGAUAGAAAGGACACGCUGAGGAGUUCUGCAUGUGGAAUGCCGCUGAACCUCACAGGAGCUGAGUGUUCACCUGCACCAGAGUACACCAAAAAACCAAACUGCUUUCGACUACAGCUCCGUGAUGGAUCUGAAUAUUUGCUCAGUGCCUCCUCACGCUUUAUGAUGAAGAAAUGGAUGAUGAAAAUACAAGCAAACACAGGCCAGAGUGAGUCUGUGUCUUCAUUACCAAGUGUCCCCGUUGAUUGCGACUUCCCCAUUUCUUUAAAGCCCUCUCUCUGCUCCAGUUGUCGUCAUCUUGCCAAAUGCCAGUGUGCCUCCCGACAUGAUGUCACCUCCACGUUUCUCCGGCACAAACCACCGGGUGCCGCCCAAAACAAAGAGAUUGUUGUCCUCACCAGAGAGCUCACUCACAUGCCACAGAGUCAUUUAAGGAGUGCAGAUGAGCACUCAACUAUUUCGUCCUCAGUUGGAGGCUGUUGUGAUGAUGAUGAAGGCAGUUUAAAGGAGACAAUGACUCACAGACUAUCUGGGGCAUCCAGCGACAACACCUCCUCCUCCUCCCCUCACUCUCUUGGAUCCAGCGGUCACGACUGGCUCAGCAACAAGCGCCGCUCCCACUCCUUCACAUCAGCAACGUUUCAGAAGAUCAAACCUGUGUCACACAUCCCUGGAGGCAGAGGCCCGGAAAGAGGCUCCAACUACUGUGUGACUCUUGUAGUUGGAGACAAAUCGUCAGACAGUGCGUCUGUAAGCAGAAGCUGUGAUCCCCCGCUGCUGGCCUUAGCUGGAUGGCAGCAGGACUCCUAUCAGGACUCUGCUCUGAGGAGCUACGCCAGCCUGCCACGGCCACGCAACAAGUCCGUCUUCAAAAAGUUCUUCGGAAAAAGGGACCUUUGAGUUUUUUCAACAAUGAUCAAUAAAGGGUUUCACAAAUAGUUCCCAAUGUGCAGUGCACGAAUUGAAAAGUUGAAAAGCAAAAAAAAAAAAAAAUUUACUACUGACUAUAUUUAAGAGCUACCGCGGUUUUAUUUUUGAUGUGUCUUAUAUAAAUCACUUCAUAGGCUUAAAAGUUCUUAUAAGUCCUUUUUAUGAGUGUUUAUAUUGUUCACUUUUUUUCUUGUCAAAUGAGAGGAACAAUUCUGUGUGAGUGUGCACUGUGUAGUCGUAGAUUUGAUUUUUUUUUCCACCAGUCUUAUGUGUUAUUUUCUUUAGUGUUUCUUUUUUUCUUUGUUGUGUAAUUGGGGUAACAGCCUCUGCAUAAAAUAAAUCUACCUGCUCAACAGAAAAUCAGUUUAGAAACCAAAUUUAAGGUAUAAUUCUCGUGAUGUCUUGGCUAUGACCGAGUAUAAAUAUCCUGAACUCAUGACAUUUACUGUGCUGGAUCAUUAUAGCUCCCUUCCUUCACAUGUACAGUGUGUGGUGCCGCAAAACAUUUUCGCUCUUGUACUCGAAUUAGCAGUUUGAUACUGCUCGAACUCGUCUGGUAUUAUAUCUUGAAUACUAAUUGUAGCGAAGACUAUUCAUAAUAAAACAUUAAAACCCACUGAUUUUC